CAGAGUUCUGAGAGGAAUAAUCCGGCUGGAUGGUUUAUUUCUGACUGGCGACAAGCAGAAAAUAACACACAAAACAUGAGUAAAAUCACCAAACUUUUCAAACCCUCCGGAGGGUCUUCUAAAGGCAAGAAAGGGGGCCCCAGUGCCCAGGAGGCUUUAUUCAGACUGCGGGAAACAGAGGACAUGUUAACUAAGAAACAGGAAUAUUUGGAAAAGAAGAUCGAACAGGAACUGGCCAUGGCGAGGAAACACGGAACCAAAAACAAGAGAGCUGCAUUACAGGCUUUAAAGAGAAAGAAGAGACUAGAGAAGCAGUUAUUGCAGAUUGACGGCACCCUCUCCACCAUUGAGUUCCAGCGAGAAGCACUAGAAAACUCCCACACCAACACCGAGGUGCUGAAAAACAUGGGCUAUGCUGCAAAGGCCAUGAAAACAGUUCACCAAAACAUGGAUCUGGAUAAGAUCGAUGAGCUUAUGCAGGAUAUUCAUGAGCAGCAAGAUGUUGCACAAGAAAUUUCCGAUGCCAUUUCUCGACCAGUUGGUAUUGGUGAAGAGUUUGAUGAGGAUGAGUUAAUGGCAGAAUUGGAAGAGCUGGAACAGGAGGAUCUCAACAGACACAUGGCCAGCGUCACGUUGCCUAGUGUGCCAUCUCAUAAACUUCCUACCCGGCCAGCCUCAUCACGGAAGAAGGUGGAGGAUGAGGAUGACAUGAAGAUGUUGGCUGCUUGGGCUACUUAAUUUGGAACUUUUUCUACUCUCUGUAGAGAUUUGUAAAUUAUGAUGAUCAUUAUAUGUACAGACCAAGGAUCAUGAAUGUGUGCUUCGUUAACUGCUGUGCUACAAUUACUGGAACUCGACAAGCUGAACACUAUUUUAAAACAGCACAAAAGAGUGGGAAUCGAUACAUUAAAGUGACAUUCUAUCUUGUGUACCUUUGCUGCACCCCCCAGGUCUCCAAUGUGGUCACACUAAUCGGCUUCGCUCGCCCAACUGAGAAUCAAUUGACCAAUAAUUGUCAAAUUGUAUAAGCUGUGGGGACACUACUGAAUGUGAUUUUUAAAGCUGAACUCUGGGGUAAGCAGAUAUUGUCUAAUUACAAGAGGCGUGUGUACUCUUGCUUGACUUUUGGGGUGAUGUGAGUAUUUCUUGCAGAGCUUUGCAGUAAUCCAGUGUGCAAUGUCCCUUCUGUGCAGGAACGUCCUAUAAUAAAGACCAGUCACUUCUGUUUUCUUUCCUUGUGUAGGGUGACUGGUCUGGUCUCCGCCCCCUCCUGUAGUUCUCUUCAGGCAGUCUGUAGUGGGUGGGGGUUUUGGGUCCCUCCCACAGCUGCUCUCUGCACAGGCUAUGGGUGACAUAGUGAUGAUGUCACCACGCUGUUUACAAGACAAUAACUGGGUAUGCAAAAUCAUUUGGUGCACAUUAAAAGGAUUUAUAACUUUUGUGGUUAAUGAGUAGUUUUAUUUAAAUAAUUUUUUUACCCAAAGUUCAGUUUAAAAACAUUACCUGAGACCAGCGCUAAGAAGAAUACUGCUGAAUAACAAUGCAAGAAGCAUUGCCUUUGAUGUAAAAUGUUUUUUUAAAACAAUUUGAGUAAAAUAAAACAAAAAAAUUC